AUGGACACGUCCUGGAGUAAUUUCCUCUUCCAGGUGAGUGAGGCUGGGGCCGGGGAGCGGAGGACCGGAGCACCGGGGGGACAGGGGGGCUGCUGCGGGGGUUUACAGGCGGGAGGGGGGGGGGUCAGCGCCGGGUCACGCUCCGGACAGACCCCCCCCCCCCCUCCUCCUUCCUCCCCCAGCUCCAGUCCACCGAACCCCUCCCUCUGCCCCCCCGAAGAGCCCCUGGUGAGCCCCCCCUCCACCGUGGACACAGCGGCCCUGAGCGAAGAACCUCUGCCCGUGAAAGUCCUGGUGAAACCCGCCCACCGCGCGGCUCACGUUUGUUCCACGUGUAACAAAGAGUUUAAGAACAGUUAUAACCUGCGGCGGCACCAGUCCGUCCACACCGGGGUCAAGAUGAAGGACCGAGCCGCCCGCGAGAAGGACGACGGGGUCAAAGGGCACAAGCAGACGGUGCCCCUGAGCCUGCUGCAGCUCACCCUCCCCUCACACACACAGGCCCCGCCCACGGUCAGCGUCGCCAUGGACACGGUCUCCGUUUCAAUCGCUCCGGCAACCGUCUCCAUCGCCCCGGCAACCGUCUCCAUGGCCGUGCCCCCCCAGCCCAUCCAGGCGGCCGUGGUGGUGGUGGGCUCCGUCGACCAGUCCGUGGCCCCGCCCCCCUCGGCGCCGCCCAUCCGUCCGGAAGAACCACGCGUGCGAGGCGUGCGGGAAGGCGUUUCGCGACGUGUACCACCUGAACCGGCACCGUCUGUCGCACUCGGACGAGAAGCCGUACUCGUGCCCGAUCUGCCAACAGCGAUUCAAACGCAAAGACCGAAUGAGUUACCACGUCCGCUCGCACCAGGGCGGCGUCGAGAAGCCCUACGUGUGCCCGCACUGCGCCAAGGCCUUCUCACGGCCCGAUCAUCUGAACAGCCACGUGAGGCAGGUGCACUCCACAGAGAGACCCUUCAAAUGCACCGUCUUGAACAGCUUUUGUUUUGUCCCAUGUGUUUCACCCCAUCUGCUGAGAUGAUAUGUCCUAAAAACUUCACCGCUCAUCUCCCAAACUCGCACUUUGACACCUGCCUUUUCUGCUCGCUCCAGAACUGCAAGCACGCUGGUGUUGUGCUGCUUCUUUGUCGCUCCCCAGAAAAGGAUGUCGUGUACAUGGCAGACAACCCCAUCCAGCCACUGCUGUGA